AUGAUGCUGUCUGUAAAAAAGAAGUAUUAUUGGUCCACUUGUAUCUUUGAAGGAACAUAUUACACGGGAAAAGGUAAGCUACCGUAAGUUAUCAGAACGACAGAAUAUGAACUCAAUAAGAAUGCUAAUUAGCUCAUCAUUAAAAUGAGUUUGACUAAUGGCGCAUUUUAGUGACCCUAGUAAGAAGGUGCUGGGUAAGUUUUAACACACGAAUUUACCUGUCAAAACUUUGACCAAUCUGAAACUAGAUUGGUUCUAGAGCGUGAACAAACGCGUGACCAAGCUAAAAACACAUCUUUCAAACUUUCUUUGUGAAAGUUUUUUUUUUCCUAAGUUAAACAAACGAAAUUCAAGAUCUUUAUUGGAAUUUUCUCGCAUCGAUAGGUUUCAAUAUUUUAUAGCAAUGGAGGCUCCACCACACGUGGAUGCUGAGGCUCCGCUAAAUAAUCUUGGGUUUCGUUGAGCGAGAUGUUCUACGAUACAAAGAGUAUUCGCUAAUUUUUUCAAGUAUUUUUGAAGUAGGUUUAAGCAAAUCUAAUUUUGCUUGCAACCUGAUAUAACUUGAAAUCGGAAUAUCUUGGAAACCUGCUAUAUUGACUUUUUCAGAAAAGCCGAGGAUAAGGGUACCGUUGGCGGAGUUGCGAACUGUACCAAACCAUUAUAUCUGGUUUCUGCUGGAAGGUACCCCACCGAUUAACGUGACUCUAGUGAAUACGUCAACAUCUUUGGAGGGCGGUUUCAUCAAAAAAGGAUUUCAAAUAAAUCAGACGGGUACCUACAGGUACACACUACUAGCAGAAAACAAUGAAGGAAAUGACUCAAAAACGGUUGACGUAACCAUUCUGGGUAAGGAUUCAAUGCUGUUAAAUUUCUCUCAAUGUAGAUGAGACAUUUUGCAAUUAACAACCAUAGUAGUUCGCUAAAAUAGUUGUGUUAAAUUUUGUCCUUAUUUUAUCUGUUGAUGAUUCAGUUCAUUGGGUGAAAAAUGAAUGUACAGAAUUUUUUGACUACUUGCUCUUGUUUCGCCAUUGUUUUGAACACGGGUAAUUUGUGUCCUUUUAGGUCUGUAAACGAUGCGAAUUUACCAAAAUAUAAUAUUGGAAAUUUGGUCUCACCCUUAAUCAAUAAGUAAAAAUGAAAAUUCGUUAUUCAUACUGUAUUAAUGCAUAUAUUGAAGAGUACCGCUUUCUGAAAAAAUUCGUCCACCAACUGCCUUAUUCUUGCGGGAUUCAUUUUACAGAUUGCAAUCAUUGGUGUCGCAGUACAGGUUUGAUAAGUUAUGGCCAAGUUACCAACGAACAUGACUGUAGUGAAAGCAACAUAACACAUAACUGGAAUUGCAUUCCAACUACAACCACUAAAUUGUAA